UCAACUUGAUCGCAGGUUUCAAGCAAUCCUUAAAACUCAACCAUGAAGUGCAUCGCAGCUGUUGUCCUGGUGGCCCUUGCCGUCGCCGAAGCUUCCUACAUCCCGUACGCCCACCAGGGAUACGCCGUAGCUCCAGCAGUGACCUACGCCGGCCAUUACGGAGGACCAACCGUGGUCCAGUCCAACGACCCUCACAGCUGGGCCUACGCCUCGGCCGUCCACAAUGCCUACCAAUCCCCUAUUGUCUCGGCCUACAACAACCACUGGAACGUCCCGGCGGCCGUGACUUACAACUCUGGCCACUACUACGAUAACUACCAUCAUGGACACUCCGCUGCCGUGAUCGCUGCCCCAGUUCAGCACUCGGCCACGUACGUCGCCGCCAACCGUGGAGCAGUCCACAAGGCCCCACUCGCCGGACAUGCCGUCAACCAGAAGUCGCUUAACCUGGCCCCGGCUCCGGGAACCUGGUAAAGGGUA